AUGGCCGCUACCGAAGUCGACGACAACGUGCAGCUCAAGUUCCUGUUCGCGAACCAGGACGGUGUGCACCUGCAGCUUAGCUUCCCCAAGACGGCCACAGUGGCACAAGUCAAGACGCAGCUCAUGCGCAGCUGGCCACAGAGUGUACCACCUGCCGAGGAAGCCAAGGCUGUUCGUCUCAUCUGCAUGGGACGCGGUAUCUUGCAAGAUGCGCAGACAGUGGGGUCUGCUGUUCCGACGUUUGACACGCAUCCGACGCCCGUGAACGUCUCAGUAAACCAUUCGGUGCAGCCGGCGGCGCGAGAAGCCUCACGAGGCCUUACUCCUGCAAAGUCGGUGGAGUCGGCGGGCUGUGGCUGCAUUGUCUGUUGA